AUUAACUCUUGCAUUCCUAGUUCAAAGAGUACUAUCUACUGUACCAGAAAACCAGAAGUUCCAAGUUCCACAGCUUCUUACUAAGUAUUGAGAGUAGAGAGUAUUAUAUUAGUAUAUACCAUUGGAUCAAGUUCAAGAAGUUGGUUGAUCACUUUUAAAUUGAGAUAGUGUUAGUGUGGUAACUGCCUGUUAAUGGCGUUUUCAGCGGCCUCACGAAUAAACAAUCUCCGCCGACACUUGGAUUCACCUAAGGAUGCACUUGGAGGAUAUUCAAUCAAUCUGAAGGUAGCUCCAGAGGUUUCUGAAGCCUUAUCACUUGGCCGUGCCGUCGUGGCUCUCGAAUCCACCAUCAUUUCACAUGGAAUGCCUUAUCCUCAAAAUUUGGAAACUGCAAAAGAGGUAGAAGAUAUUGUCAGGAAGAACGGUGCUGUUCCUGCAACCAUUGCAAUUUUGGAUGGCACCCCUUGCGUAGGCCUAAGUGUUGAAGAACUUGAGAAGCUAGCUACUCUGGGAACCAAAGCUCGGAAAACAGCUCGAAGAGACAUUGCACAUGUUGUGGCUAGUGGUGGAAAUGGUGCUACUACUGUUUCAGCAACAAUGUUGUUGGCUUCUAUGGUUCAUAUUCCCGUCUUUGUGACCGGGGGCAUUGGGGGAGUACAUAGAGAUGGGGAACAUACUAUGGAUAUAUCUUCAGAUCUCACUGAGCUAGGUAGAACUCCAGUAGCAGUUUUCUGUGCUGGCGUAAAAUCAAUAUUAGAUAUUCCCAGAACCCUUGAAUAUCUGGAAACACAGGGAGUUUGUGUCGCUGGUUACAAGACAAAUGAGUUCCCUGCAUUUUUCACGGAAUCAAGUGGCUGCAAGGUUUCAUGUCGACUAGAUAGCCCAGAAGAGUGCGCUCGCGUAAUAGAAGCAAACAACAAACUCAAGCUUGGAACUGGAAUUGUAAUAGCAGUUCCUAUUCCUCGAGAACACUCAGCAUCUGGACACAUAAUUGAAUCUGCAAUCCAAAAAGCCCUUCAAGAAGCUAAGGAAAAAAAUAUAACAGGAAAUGCUGUAACUCCGUUCUUGCUUGCUAGAGUAAAUGAGUUGACAGGGGGUGCCUCACUUGCAUCCAACAUUGCUCUUAUGAAGAAUAAUGCUCUUGUUGGAGCUAAGGUUGCUGCUGCCCUUGCUCAACUAAGAGAAAGAGAAAGAGAACAUGGUCAGAGAUGAGCUCAUAUCUUGAAUUAAAUUGAGCCUUACCUAGCGGUGGUGGUGGACAAAGGUCAGGGUGUUUGAUUAGAUAAUUCACAAAAAUAUUUGAUGUAGUUGGUUAUGAUUAAAACUAUAAACAGAUUCUGAAGUCUUUGACUAGGCUUGGAAGCUUACUUUAAUGUGUAAAAAUUUUGUUGGAGAUCAUUGUCUUUCAUUUAGGAAUUUUUUUUUAAAAUAAAUAAAAAAAUGUUUUAUUUAGGAAAA